AUGGAAAAGCAUCGGUUGCGUCUUCUAACGCUAAAUGCGUGGGGCCUCAAAUACAUCGCAAAACAUAGAAAAGCCAGACUUCGCUGGAUAGCAAACCAGCUCGCCUCUAGCGACUACGACGUGGUGGCACUCCAGGAAGUCUGGGUGGAGGAAGACUGGCUCUACAUUGAUGAACAGUGCCGCCUCGAAUUUCCCUACCGUCGUCUUUUCCGUUCCGGAAUAGUGGCUGGACCUGGCUUGGCCAUUCUUCUGAAGAUACCCAUCAACAACUCCUUCCUAUAUCGCUUCCCCAUAAACGGAAGACCUAGUGCAUUCUUUAGAGGUGACUGGCUAGUGGGCAAGUCCAUAGCAAUCACCAUCCUAGAGCCGCUCACGCCGGAGACACCUCCUAUUGCUCUUCUCAAUUCACACAUGCAUGCUCCAUACGCCUCUCUGGGCGAUGCUGCCUAUUCAACUCAUAGAGCUUGCCAGGCGUGGGAUAUGGCCAAGUUGGUUAAAACCUUGAAACAAGCAAAUUAUGCGGUCAUCCAAGUCGGAGAUCUCAACUCGAAACCAGGCCUGUUGCCCUACAAGCUAUUCACCAUCGAAGGCGGCUUGGCCGACUCAUGGGAAAUUUUAAAAGGAGAUCGCAAUCCUCUGCCUGAAGAAAUUGCUCGCAUGCAUCCUGGGGAUCAGAUUCUCAAGGCGGGAGUCACCUGCAACUCUGUCUUCAACACAUGGCACCCUCACCGGAAGCCACACGAAGCUUGCCGCCUUGAUUACGUUUUAAUUGAUUCUCAAACCCUCACUCCAGUUCUGGCAGCAGUGAGAUUCACGGAGACACUCCCUCCUCCUAUCUCAUGCUCGGCAUCUGAUCACUUUGCUUUUGCGGUGGAUCUCGUGGUAAACAAACGGGACGUAACUAAUCACCACGACGACCACAGCAGCGAAGAGCUCUUCUCAUUGUAUCGUGAAACCCAUGAAGAAAUUUCUUGGUACCUCCGUGAAACCAUACCGUUUCAAGCAAAUUGGCGCAAAUACCAUUUCUUCAUCUCCAUCAUACUCGUUAUCGCCAUACACGUCGGCAUCACCUUUGCUUCGCAGAGACAAGCAUGGUCUUCUGUGCUUCUCUCGCUCGCAAGCACUUUAAUUGCAGUGUCGGCUAUGUCCAAACACUCCAUUUCUUCCGACAGAAAGUCGAUUUCAUCCGACAACACCGAGACACGGUCUGUUAUCUCGAGCUUGGCUCUGGUGAAGAGCAAAGCGCUCAAUGCGUUCAAGUGCAGCAAACACAUUAAUCCAGAGGAGACGAAACCAAGAAAAUAUGACGAGAAGUCCAAGGAUUCUUAUGAAGCCAAGGCUGCAUACAUGGCCACUCGCUGA